UUACAAGUCUAUACUUUAUACUUUAUACUCCAUACUCCUUUCGUCAAAAUGAAGUUCCUCUCUCUUGCUCUCCUCCUCGCUACUGCCAGCGCAACCACCACCUCCCUCUACACCGAAGCAGGAGGCAUCUACGUGGACAACGAACCGACCACGGCCGCCGCCGCCGCAGGCAACGCCGCCGCCUCGUCUGUUGCCGUCGCGAACCCGGCGAUCGGCGACGCAACGGCCACGCAGUCCGUCGUCAUGGCGGGCCAGCCUUCUGGAUUCGUUUCCAGCGCGGCUGCCGCGGCCAGCUCUUCGGGGGCGGCGGCGGCGAUCUACACGGCUGCCUCCAAGGCUACCGCCUCUUCGUCUUCCUCUUCUAGCUCGGCUUCUGGGUCGGGGAGCGCGGCGAGUGCGUCUUCCACUUCGACGAGUGGAGCGGGGCGUCUUGCUUUGAAUGGUGGUGUUUUGAUGGCUGUCGGGGUCAUGGCUUUCCUUUGAGAAAUGGCGGUAUUUCAUGUGGAGGACAUUAGGAAGAUACGGAGUAGCAGGAUGAAGAAAUCUUGGUUAUUCCCGCUGGCGGACGCUCGUUAGGGAUGAAAUUCAUUACUAAACUAUAUACAGUGAGUGUGGCUAGUCUGUACAAUGAAAUAAAUACACUUGAUCAAGAACUGAAUAGAAAAUCAUUUCGAUGCCAACUCGCGUGCGUACUUCUGUCGAUCGCUUGCGUUGAGUGUCACCUGGUCGAAUCC